UUAUUUGUGGGAUGCUCUUCCGUCCCAUAGCAGCAGCAGCAGCAGUAGUAGCCGCAUCGCAUUCUCCCCGUAGGUCUUGUCGGGCAUGACAAGCAAUUUCCCUCACUUAAUAGCAACUGUCCCGCGUCCACUUUCUCGCAAUCGCAAACCAAACUCGGAGUGUGAUAGAUCUCCGAAGACGACGGUUGUGUCUCGCGCUGGCCAAUCGUUUAUCGCUUCACUGUAGGAACAGGCCCCCUUAUCAAGUGCAUUCGCUGCCAGUCUCAUUGUGCGGUGGUCUGGAGCAGCAGCAGCAGUAGCAACAUGAGUGAAUCAAAGUGCAAAUGUGGUCCGGGUUAUGCAACACCGCUGGACGCGGUUCGGAAUGGUCCGGUGGAGAAGCUGCUGUACGUUGUAUGCGUACAGCCGAACCUAGACGAGGAGCAUGGUGACUAUCUCGCAACGGUGGACGUUGAUCCCGCCAGUCCAACGUACUGUCAGGUUAUCCAUCGUACGUACACUAACAGCAAGCACAAUGAGCUACACCACAGUGGCUGGAACACCUGCUCCAGCUGUCACUUUGUCCCAGGCGGCAAGGAAGUGCCUACGCGCGAUCGGCUCGUACUGCCCUGCCUGAACUCGGACCGCAUCUUCGUGAUCGAUACCGGGACCGAUCCUCGCGCACCCAAGCUCGCCAAAGUGAUCGAGGGCGACGUGCUGAAGGGUGCGGACUGUACCGCACCGCACACUACGCACUGUCUGCCGAACGGGAACAUCAUGAUCUCGGUCAUGGGCGAUGCGGAAGGCAAUGCGAAGGGUGACUUUGUCGAGUUCGACAAAAACUUUGAGCUGGUCGGCACCUGGUCCCGGGGUGAUCGGAAAGCACUCUGCGGGUACGAUUACUGGUAUCAGCCGCACUUUAACGUGAUGGUCGCGUCGGAAUGGGGCGCACCGAAGCUGUUCCGCCGCGGCUACCAUCCGACGGACUGUGACGAUCGGACGCAGUACGGCUGCCGGCUGAACUUUUACCGCUGGCAGGAGCGCGAACUGUUCCAAACGAUCGACCUCGGGGACGAUGGGCUGACGCCGCUCGAGAUACGCUUCCUGCACAAUCCGCGCGAAAACCAGGGCUACGUUGGGUGCGCGUUCUAUGCGAACGUGUACCGCUUCUACCAGAAGCCCGGCUCGGACGAGUACACCGCCGAAAAGGUGAUCGAUGUGCCGGUGAAGAAGGUGCAGGGCGAGAACGGCGAGAUCGAAAUGAUGGGCGGUAUGAUGACGGACAUACUGAUCUCGCUGGACGAUCGGUACCUGUACUUUAGCAACUGGCGGCAUGGUGAUGUGCGGCAGUACGACAUCAGCGAUCGGGCCAAUCCACGCCUUACCGGGCAGGUGUUUCUGGGCGGUGCGAUCCAGCGCGACGCGCCGAGACGCGUCCUCAACGAUCCGGAGCUGAAGGAAGCACCGGAACCGGUAUUCUUGAAGGGACGCCGCCUGCUCGGGGGACCGCAGAUGCUACAGCUAUCGCUCGACGGCCGCCGACUGUACGUGUCUUCGAGCCUGUUCUCGCCGUGGGACAAACAGUUCUAUCCGGAGAUGGUGGCGGCCGGCGGUACGAUCGUGCAGCUGGACAUCGACGUCGAGAACGGUGGCAUGAAGCUGAACGAGAACUUCCUGGUGGACUUUGGCGGCGAACCGUACGGUCCCGGGUUGCCACACGAGAUGCGGUACCCUGGAGGCGAUUGCACAUCCGACAUCUGGCUAGUUAAUGAGUGAUGCAGUCUGUUUCUUCUGUUUUUUUAGUAUACAUAGUUUUACAGGCAUUCCAUAAUAUUCAAGUGAAAACAAGGUGCAAUUAUCUGUCUGUUAUCUGCUAUCACAAUUGAAUAAAUUACAUUGAACAAUAUAAAAAUA